GUAAAGAAUCGUGUCUUGGAAGCCGCAGCGGCAGCGGCGCUCCAGUUUCCUUUCUUUCUUUCUUUCCUGACUGCCCGCUUGACCGGACGCAAAGCACAGUUUCUAUGAUUUCUUUUUCUGUUACUUAUUUGCUUCACUGAUUGCGAACCCUAUUAUUGGAAGAGCUCUUCGUCUCCGAAACCCUGGAAUGAGUCGGUGCGCCAUGCUUAUCUACUGUGAUAACUCCAUUCUACUUCACUGCAAUCUAUUCUACUUGAAUUUUCCUUGCCCUGUUCCCUAUUUGGUUGGCCUGAAACCCUGAAAGAAGAAAGAUAAUUUUGAAGUGCUUCCAGCUCUAUGUACUUGCUGCGGGUCCUCUUUGACUUUCUUGCCAUCUAUUCUCACUCCCCUUUUCGUAUUUCCUGUUUGGUUGCCCGAAAAGUCGGGUAGGAGAAUAAUAAUUUGAAGUCUAAUUAUCUGCUUUUUAUCUGGUAAUCUUUGUGAUUGGUGUUUUUUUGUGGCAAGAUCAUAAAGUGUAUGUUGGUUUGCUAGAGUUGACUGAUGGAUUUGGAGAAAUCCACGGGAGUUGGUUUGGUAAUGGAAGGGAAAGAAGCUAUGACGUGUGAGGUGGGUUCACAUACAGAGUUCCAACACUGUAGAGAUAAAUGCAAAGAAUUGGAGGAGAGGAGUAAGAAGGCUGAACAGAGGUGCAUGGUGCUGGAACUAGAGAUUGAGAAGCGGAAGGCUGAGUUUGUAUUGCUUGAAGGUAAAUUCAGAGCGUUAGAAGUUGGAAAGAUCUGGAUUGAAGAUGAGCUAAAGGUUUUGAAGAGAAGGAAUGUUGAACUUGAAAAGCAAAUGGCGAAGAUUGGAAAUGUAACUACAGUUUUAAGCGGAGAGAAUGGUGGGGGGAAGGUUGUCGAUUUGACUGAGGAGAAGGACGAGGAAGAGAAGGUUAUGCAACUGAUGGUUGAGAACAAGAUUUUGGAGUGUGAGAAGAAAAGGGCUGAAUUUGAGGCUGAGCGUUGGGAGUUGAAGUAUAGAGACUUGGAGUUGCGAUUCUUACAGCUGGAGAAAGAUACUUCGACCUUGAUGGUGCCCAGUCCAUCAGAAAUGCAUGAAAGGCAGACAACUAAAGCAAAUGGCUUAAAAGCUGGGCUAAAUGUAGUAACUAGUACAGACUGUUUGGAAACAGAAAACAAAACGGUUGAUCAUGAGGAAACUAUACGUGCUGCAACCAGAGUAAACUCAACUUGUCCUAAGGCAACUGAUGAUAUGCAAAGGACAGGUACACCUCUGAUUGACAUUCUAACUAAGCAGUCUACACAAGCUGAGGAAAGAGGAGGAGGUUUCCAGUUCGAAACUAGACUAGGCCAUGGUAUCCGAGUGAGAAAACAGUUGGCAUUUGAUGAAGAGGGCAGUCUGAGCAAGAAGUUGGCCCCACCAACACCAGGGAGUGAAAGAGCUUCUUCUUUUGGCAUCAUUGAUAUCAGCGACAGUGAAGAUGAACCGACUAAUACAAAUGUUCAUAUGCCUCUUGAGAGUCAAGAAAAUAGGAUGGUUUGUGUUUCAACUGAUUUUCCAUCAAGGGAUACCAUGGAUAAUGAAAAUAAAAGGAUUCCUGAUGGUAAUAUAAAGAGGCCCCUUUUAGACCAAAGCGACAAGGUAAAUACGGAUGGUCGAAAGGGGAAUUCCCCCUUCAUUUCAACACCCAAAAGGAGAAGAACUUCCAAUAUCGUCACUACUGACAGCGAGAGUGAUGAUGAUAAUGUUCCAAUCUGUAAGAUCAAGACUAAAUAUCCACAGGAAUUAAAGAAGGAUGAAUUGAAUUGCUGUCCAAAUACUGCAAAUGUUUAUGAAGAGAAGGCCAGAGAAUCUGCAACUCCUAGGCGGCGCCUUGUGACAUUGGGAAACUGCAAUACGAAAAAUGCACCAGAACAUAAUUCUCCUUGUAAUUCUAAUCACGACAGAGCUAAUUAUCAUUCUGGAGUCCCUACCAAUCAGGGUAUUGAAAAUGAUGAAAUGGAAGAUGAGUCAGAAUCAGACACUGAGGAUGAAAGCUUGGGUGGAUUCAUUGUGAGUAGCUCUGAUGUUUCUGAUAGUGAUAAUGGUUCUAGUGCAUCAGAAGAAGUCUCAGAUGAUGAUGUGGACUUUGACGAAGUUCUAUCUAGAUUUCGAAGGAGCACAGGCCAGAAAUUGAAGUGGGAGUUUGAGGCUGAUAUGCUUGCAGCAUUUGGUAAGGAUCUUGAGCUGUGCAUGAAGGCUGUAUGUGCUCUUUAUAGGCAGCAGACAUCUGAGGAAAAGAUUAGCAAGGGAACAUUAUAUUCCAAUCAGCGAGGGUUUAGCCAAUGUGAUGCAUUCAGGGGUACUACUUUGGCCGAGUUUCUUGCUGAUGGGGACCCGAAAGGUGAUCUGAAGAAAACUGUGGAGGAGUUAAGCAAGUAUGAUCCCAAGGGGCCGGAACUUUGCAGAACACUGGCAACGCGAUACUCCAAGCAAUUGUUUGCAAUCUACAAGAACAAUGAGGAUCCCCUUUUUCUCCCUCCUUGACAUGGCUAGCCUUUUGGUGCUACUGCAGAAAGUUCAGAAUCUCUACAUUUUGUGUUUCAGGAAAUUCAAUGGUUUUCAAUGCUUAAAUAAAUGAAUAUGGUCGGUUAACUUUCCACGUUUUGUUGCCAGGAAUAUUGGAACAUAUAAAAACUCCUAUAUAUGUAUAGAUAUUUGUAUUUCUGCAGCCACAGUCAAGAGCUGGAGACUGCAUUUUUUGUUUGCUGUAUAUUGGUGAAAUUGAAGUGACAGUUCCAUCUUUUCUGUA